AUGUUUACUAAGAUAAUAAUCUUUGGUGCAGUUUUGGCAGCGGGUCAAUGUGGUCAAUUAGGCCAUGGAGACAACCCUUUACUCUCCCAAUACAAUGCUGAUAAUUAUGGCGCUGCUUAUGGAUCACCUUAUUAUUCCCCUAAUGCUCUUAAUUCUGGACUAGGAUACAACAACCUAGCUCACGCUAACCCCCUAAUCAGCCAAGCUCCACUAACUUUUCCUAAACCCUUAUCGCCAGCUGGACCUUACGCCAAUGCGGGAGUUUUGGACCACACUGGACCUGUAGCUCACGCUGAACCUUUAGCCUACGCUGGACCUUUAGGCCACGCUGGACCUUUAGCCCACACUGGAGCUUUAAGCCAUGCUGGACCCUUAGGCCAUGCUGGACCUUUAUCCUAUGCCGGGCCUUUAGCCUAUGCCGGAUCUUUAGCUCAUACCGGACCUUUAGCCCAUGCUGGACCUUUAGCGCAAGCUGGGCCUCUAGCUUAUGCUAGACCCUUAGCCCAUGCUGGACCUUUAGCCUAUGCUGGACCUUUAGCCCAUGCUGGACCUUUAGCCCAUGCUGAACCUUUAGCCCAUGCUGGACCUUUAGCCCAUGCUGGACCUUUAGCCCAUGCUGGACCUUUAGCCCAUGCUGGACCUUUAGCCCAUGCUGGACCUUUAGCCCAUUCUGGACCUUUAGCCCAUGGUGGACCGUUUUCCCAUGGUAGACCUUUAGCUCAUGCUGGAUCUUUGGCCCACGCAACAUCUCACUCAAAUGUAGUUUCCCUAUCCCAAACUACUCCUAAUCUUAUUGGAAGCAACAUUGGAAACUAUGCUGCCAAAAACUCCUACCCUAAAUACGAGUACUCGUACUCUGUAGAAGAUCCGCAUACAGGUGACCACAAAGCCCAGCAUGAGACCAGAGAUGGUGACGUUGUUAAAGGGGGAUACUCACUGCUACAACCUGAUGGUUCUUUCAGAAAAGUUUCCUACUCUGCUGAUGACCACAAUGGUUUCAACGCUGUGGUACAAAACUCCGGCCCUAGUCAUCACGUUUAUUCUGCGCAAUACCAUCAACACUAAGUCUAAAAUGUGUAAACAAUGGAUCUGAAGCAUGUACAAAGUGCUUUCCUUAAACUGUGAUCGAAUUAUUUUUUACUAAACAAAAAUAUACACGAAUUUUGUAAAAAUA